AUGGCUGGGUUCGGCGACACGGUCGACUCGCUCCUGGAGACAUACUCCAUUUGCUUGUCACGCCUGAAGGGCUUGAAAGGGAGCAAACACACCCGACAGCUUCGAAAAAACAUUCGUUCCGACCAGUACAAAGUUCGAAGUGUAUACUCUUUGCGACUGGCUGCAACGGGCAAUAAUCUCGAAAAGGGCGAUGGUGUGUAUUUCCCACUCACGGAGUCGAUCAUCCUGGUGCUAAAACGGGAUUGCAGCCACAGCCCGGUCUUCAUUGGAAAAGGUUAUCAAACGUCUGACAUCAGCCAUUGCACGGCUGGUUCGUCCGACGAGAGGUCAGGCACCCGGGAUCGAUUACCGUUGUUGUCUAACUCGUCAAGAGUCGACGCUGUCAAGACCAUCGAUGACCUUUCCCGACGGCUCGGCGUCUCAUCCCGGGAAUCAACCUUAUCAGGGUCAAGGGCGACAAGCAAGCAGCAUAAGAGAACAAAUUCCUUGAACAAACGCAAGAACAAAGAAACUUCCGACACUGAACUUCCACGAGGGGGAGAGAAAAAUGAAGAACGACAGAAAGCGGCUCGCGUCAACAUGGGCACUCCCGCUCGCAUCCAGCGAAUGGACACGGACAAGCACAUGUCAAUGACGACAAUAUCGUCAGGGAGCACUAAAAUAGGAGAGAUAAUGCCAAAGAAGCUGCGUCCGCGGAAGCCGGAGAACUCAGAAGCAAAUGAUGAGUUUACUGUGCAGCCAACGUACCCGUUGAGACCACACCACCAACCCCAGGUGAAGCGGAGGGGGUUUUGGGGUAUAUUUACACGAGGACGGGCUGCUCGCUGGCGAACUACCAUUGAAUAG